AUUAUAUACUUCAAUCAUACAUGUAUAAGAUGAUGAUUUGUUUAAAAAAUACAGAAUGGUGAACAAUUAACGUUGAUCACACUCACUAAUUGCCUUCAUCCUCAAUCUCACUACAAUCUCUCUAUCAAACACACAAUCAGAAAUUCAAUCCCUAAUCUUUUCUAAGAUAAUCAUCAUCACCACGUUGAAGCAUCAACAAUGGCGGAAUUCAUAGAUUUAGAAAACCAUGAUGGAGUACGAAUGCCAUGGAAUGUAAUCCCAGGCACAAAACAAGAAUUAAACAAUUCAGUUAUACCACUUUCUCUUCUUUACACUCCACUAAAACCUUUCCCUGAUCUAUUAAUUCUUCCUUACUCUCCUCUUCGUUGUCGAUCUUGUCGUUCCAUCCUAAACCCUUUUUCCGUAAUUGAUUAUGCUGCCAAGAUUUGGAUCUGCCCCUUUUGUUAUAGUCGCAAUCAUUUCCCUCCUCAUUACGCUUCAAUUUCUGAUGAGAAUCUUCCGGCUGAAUUGUUUUCUCAAUACACUACGAUUGAAUAUGAACCUCCUUCAGAAAUUCAUACCCAAAGUCAUACUCCACCAGUUUAUUUAUUUGUUGUUGACAAUUGUUUGAUUGAAGAAGAAGUUGGGUAUUUGAAAUCUGCUUUGUCUCAAGCUUUGGAUUUGAUUUCUGAUAAUUCUCUUGUUGGGUUGAUCACAUUUGGGAGUUAUGUUCAAGUUCAUGAGUUAGGGUUUUCUGGUGGAGGUAGUGGGAUUCCUAAGUGUUAUGUUUUUAAAGGUUCUAAGGAGUUUAGCAAAGAUCAGAUUGUGGAACAGUUAGCUUUUUUUGCUAAUAGGCCAAAACCGGCUUCGGGUGUUGUUGCUGGUGUAAGGGAUGGGUUAUCUGCUGAGAGUAUUGCUCGAUUUUUGUUACCGGCUUCUGAGUGCGAGUUUACCUUGAAAACGUUACUGGAGGAGCUUCAGAAAGAUCCUUGGGGAGUGCCAACUGAUCAGAGGCCAAAUAGGUGUACAGGAACUGCAAUCAGUAUUGCAGCCCAUGUAUUGGGAGCUUGCGUUCCUGGAUCAGGAGCGAGGAUUUUGGCUUUUGUUGGUGGUCCAUCAACAGAAGGGCCUGGUGCUAUUGUCUCGAAAAAUUUAUCUGAGCCAAUCCGUUCACACAAGGACUUGGAUAAAGAUUCUGCUCCUCAUUAUCAUAAGGCUGUAAAAUUCUAUGAAGGAAUUGCAAAGCAGCUUGUGCACCAAGGGCAUGUUCUUGACCUUUUUGCUUGUGCACUUGAUCAGGUUGGAGUUGCUGAACUUAAAGUUGCUGUUGAGAAGACUGGUGGUCUUGUGGUCCUUGCCGAAAGUUUUGGACAUUCAGUUUUUAAGGAUUCUCUUAAGCAUGUAUUCCAGACCGGGGAAUAUGACCUUGGACUAGCAUCAAAUGGUAUAUUUGAGGUAAGCUGCUCCAGUGACAUGAAGAUUCAGGGAAUUCUCGGUCCUUGUGCAUCACUUGAAAAGAAAGGUCUCGCUUGUUCAGAAACUGUUAUUGGUCAGGGCAACACAAGUUCAUGGAAGUUGUGCGGCCUUGAUAAAGCUACAACUUUGUGUUUAUUUUUUGACAUUGCAAAGAAGGAGAGCCCUGAUGCUAUUGGUCAAGCCACUAGCAACCUUUUUUACCUGCAGUUUUUGACCUAUUAUCAACAUGUAAGUGGUCGUAUGCGACUCCGUAUUACGACUCUUUCUAGGCGAUGGGUUGCUGGUCCAGGAAGCACUCCGGAAUUAAUUGCGGGGUUUGAUCAAGAAGCAGCAGCUGUUACUAUGGCACGUUUAGUUUCGUUCAAGAUGGAGAAUGAGGCAGAGUUUGAUCCAAUACGAUGGCUUGACAGAUCAUUGAUACGUCUAUGUUCAAGAUUUGGAGAUUACCAAAAAGAAAAUCCAACCUCUUUCAGCCUAUCUCCAAGGUUUUCAAUAUUUCCUCAAUUUAUAUUUCAUCUAAGGAGAUCUCAGUUUGUACAGGUGUUCAACAACAGUCCUGAUGAGACUGCAUACUUUAGAAUGAUUCUUAACCGGGAGAAUGUAGCCAACUCAGUAGUGAUGAUUCAGCCCUCAUUGAUUUCCUAUACCUUCCAUUCCUCACCUGAACCUGCUCUUCUAGACGUUGCGGCAGUUGCUGCCGACAAGAUAUUGUUACUGGAUUCAUACUUCACUGUUGUUAUUUUUCAUGGUGUCAAUAUUGCUCAGUGGCGCAAGGCCGGAUAUCAGGAUAUGCCUGAACAUAAGGCCUUUGCCGAAUUGUUGAAAGCUCCUCGAGAUGAUGCUGAUGCUUUGAUAAAAGAGAGGUUUCCAGUUCCACGCUUGGUCAUUUGUGAUCAGUAUGGCUCCCAGGCUCGGUUUCUUCUGGCGAAGUUAAACCCUUCAUCUACGUACAAUUCUGGUGCCUCUCUUGCUCCCGGUGGAGAUCUCAUUUUCACAGAUGAUGUCAGCUUAGAGGUGUUCUUGGAUCACCUGCAAAGGCUUGUUGUUCAAUAAGAAUAGCAUAAUGCAGUAGCUUCCACAAUUUUGUACAUUUCUAUCUGAGAUUGUUGUACAGUUUCUUUAAUAGUGAGUCUUGUACUAUUUUGAGCUUGGAAAUUCUUUACGAAAGUUUACCGUGAAUAAUAUGAAUUUUUGUUAAUUUUUCUACAAUAAUACGAUCUAUUGAUUAACCAUAAA